AUGGGCCGGAACCCACCGAAGUACCGGGCCCUGCUCCCGGCCGCGCCCCACGGCGACCAGGCCUUGCCUUUAUCCACCUCCGCCUUGGACCCGGUGCCGAAGCGCAAGGCCACGCGUAUUGCAUGCAACGAGUGCCAUGAGAAGAAGAGAAAGGACGAGCUCGAGACCCUCCGCGGUCGCUAUGAAGUCCUGGAUUUGCUCGUCACUAAGCUGAGGGUGGCACCGCAUGCUUGCGCCCAAGAGGCCCUUCGCCAGCUGAGAUCGUCACCUACAAACUGGUCUGCGGACCUGGAAGCGCCGGCUCAGCAAACAAAGGUACCAUCUUCGAUGAGCACAGCUAAUGGAUUGAACUCGCCUCUGUCUGAGCCUGAUCGUGCCUCUUGCAUCCCACCUCUGUACGCCUGUGGUCCCGCCCAAGACCUGGGCUCUUCAGCGGAAGAGCCUUACCCCAUGGCCCUCGCGGAAACAGUUCAAGGAGACUGCUGUGAUCAGCCACAUCUCACUCUGGAUGAGGGUUCAGCCUCGCCGCCUGCUGCCAGUCUCGGCCCUAUCAAGAUAGCUUCUGACCCACGUCUCAAAGGCCUGGAUAUAGCAUUCUGGACAGCGGUUCCCGUCACCGACGUGUUCGCUAAAGAUGCCAUAUCAUCAUACUUGAGAAGCGACCACCGAAUCUGGGAACUGUUCGAUGCUGAUUCCUUUCUCUCCGACCUCGUCGCCCAGAAAUCCAACUUCUGCUCUGCUUUCCUCGUCAACUGCCUCUUGGCAUUUGCUUCACAAACGUAUGCGAAUGAUUGUCCAAGCGCCACAAGCAAGGGUGUCGAGUUCGAGGUGGCGGCCGGUAUUCUGUGGCAGUUAGAGGACACACGCCUAGACUCAGAGACGGCUCUGACCGGCUUAAUCCUUCUUUAUCUUUGUCUCGCUGCCCGCUGGAAAUCCAACAAUGCCGACGACUGCUUAGGACAGGUCCUUGAAACGGCCAUCAGGAUGAAGCUGUUCGGGGUGGAAGAGAGGAUUUCGGAUUUCGAUAUGUCCCUGCUCAAGGCAGAUAGGCGGAGCUCGAUGGUCCACGCUGCCUGGGGCGCCUUCAACACUAUGAGUACGCACAAGAGGCGCAUGCUUGGCGACGUCACUUCGCUUCCACCGCUCGUGUCAACCCCGAGGAUGAUUUCAGCCAGCACCCUGAGCGAGAAUGACGACCUUCCCACGGAUUGUUGA